AUGCUGAACAAACUAAGUAGCUGCCUGGGUAACAGGGGUGGCCGCCACUGCGACUGCUCCAGGCCAGAUGUGGGAGACUCCCAUGAGGCUGAGAAUGCUAAGGCUGUGGGAGCCACAGCACAAGCAUCCGCCACUGAAAAACGGGACAAAUGGGAUUUGAGAGCCCAGAAGGCCCAAGUCAUGCAGGACCUAAGCCUCCCGAAGACGCGGAAGAUGCCGGAGAUGCCCAAAGGCAAGUCUGAGAACUGCGAGGGAAGUACAGGAUUGCUUUGGAAGCCAGAAUUAGGAUUGUCAGAGCUGGGAAACCAGAAGCCAGGCGUUGAGUGUGCACAGGACUGGGGCACGCAGCAGCUCCAUGCUAAUCGAAGUGACAACACAGGGAUAAUAGAGCAGCUGGAAAGCCAAGGCUCUUUUCAUUUCUUUCUGCCCUUCUCCUUUGCCUUCCUUCAACACCAAGGAGAAUGGUCCAGCAGCAGCUCAGUCCAUGCCUGUCAACCGCCCACCUCCACACUCCAGCCCCCGUCCACACCCCCCAGGGCUCCUUGUGAGAUUCCUCAGCAGCACCAAUGCACUGACUGUCACUAUGUUCUCCUAGAUUUGGUCAAAGAUCUCAGUGAAGGCCCACCUGUCCAUCUUGUCCCAGAUGUGGGAACCUCCCAUGAGGCUGAGAUUGCUAUCCCUGCAGCAACCGCAGCACCAGCCGCAGCACCAGCAGCCACCACCGAAAAGCGGGACAAAUGGGAUUUGAGAGCCAGGAAGGCCCAAGUCAUGCAGGACCUAAGCCUCCCGAAGACGCGGAAGAUGCCGGAGAUGCCCAAAGGUUUGGACGCCGACACCAAGCGCUACUUAAGAAUGAUAUGGAGACGGCAUGGAAUUUGGCCUCUAGAAAAUACAGGUAAUGUGGAAAUUAAAUCAUUAAGUUCAUUUAAGCAAAUAAUUCCAGUUUAUUCAUUCAGUGCUCCAUAUUAGAGAAACUCAGUAAAUGCUAUGUCAUGUUCUUCAUUUAUUUCAUUUGUGCCAAUUUAAAUGCAUUAAAUCAAUGGUAGAUGAUACAACUACACAAGUAAGUAACAUUGACAACUUAGAGUUCGGUGUGUGUGUGUGUGUGUGUGUGU